GUGACGUCAGAUUCAGGCGCCGCAGUACGGACGGCUCCGAUCGCGACUCAAGCCUUCAGGGAUGUUUACCGCUGCUCUGAUAAGACUUCAGAAGUCAUGGAAAUCCUACAAACACCGUUUUGUGCCUUGGGUUGUGUUUAAUUUGUCUAAAAAUGAGAAAACUUUGCGCCAAGUGACGGAGCGCUCAAAAGACAAACUGAUCCCAGAUGAACGAGUUUCUGAAAGCCUGUUUAAGCUUUUCGGAACUCUCCUGGAGAAGAAGAGUCCUGUUUGUCUGGACCACGCAGCUCUUGUGCACCCAACACCAUGCUCUACAGGUGAAGAGGUGGAUGGUGGAUAUCCUGCACGUGCUAUGUUACAGUCUCUUGGAUUUUGUAUUGACCGCAAACCCAGCACUUUACCCCUUGCUGGAACUGGGGUGUUCGUCACCAGAGGGUUUAUACCCAAAGGUGCAACAUGUGCAAUGUAUCCUGGCACCAUUUAUCAGCCGUACGAGCCUAUUCUUCUUCAGUCCUUAAGAAACCCAUUUAUAUUCAGGUGUAUUGACGGUGUCCUAGUCGACGGAUUUGACAAGGGCAUCUCCAAACUGGUAUUCAGGUCCUGCAGUGGCAGAGACAGAAUUGGUCCUUAUGAGACCAGUGACACCAGCUGGCUGACACGCAGUCCUCAAAACCCACUCGCUGUGGGUCAGUAUAUCAACAAUUGCUCCAAUGAAAAGCCUGCUAAUGUGUGCUAUCAGGAAUACGAUGUACCAGACUGCUUUCCUAUUGAAUUCUUGCAGUUUCUCCCAAAUGUCAACUACAGCCAUGACACCAAGAGGCCUCUACGCUGUGUUGUUCUGGUUUCACUCAGAGAUAUCACUGCAGGAGAAGAACUGUUCUCUAACUACUAUACCAUUGUGCAUUAAACAUUUGGUAUUUUUUAACUGGGAAGAAAUAAACUGGAAAAGGCCAAUAGGUGAUGUUUUUAAUCACACCUGGGGGGGGGGGGUAAUUCCACAUAGCGAGUUGAGAAUAUUGAGACUUUCCUGAUAAAUUCCUGCUCAACUGUUCACUCAAGGAUUCAUCUUAGGGAUGGACAAUAUAUCGGCAUCGGCCGAUGUUAGUCAUUUUUUAACAUAUCGGUAUCGGUCCGAUACAGAAAACCAGGCCGAUAUUAACAACCGAUAUAUUUUCCAUCUCGUCUCCAUUUGUUUGCCUGUUUCAGAGGGUGAGGGGGUGAUGUGCAAUUGUUUAGUCAUGUGAACAGUGAAUGAAAUCAUCUCAGAACUGUAAAUGUGUGUGUUGUGUGCACAUAACGUAAAUUCAGCUUUAAUAAUUUUCAUUCCAUACAAAAUCUGCUGAUUUUAGAAGCAUCAAUGUCCGAAUAUCGAUAUCGGCUAUCGGCCAUAACAGUGAUCGGAAAUCGGUAUCGGCCCGAAAAUUUUAUAUUAGUGCGUCACUAAUUCAUCUGUACCACAAACGAUGCUCAGGUGGAUUCAGUCCUCUUUUAAAGAGCAAGUCACCCCCAAAUCAACUUUUUUUCACUGUUAAACUAUGUCUAAUCGUGCUGCAGACACAUGUUGACAAAAAUUUUGCACUUUAGUGUAUUUUAGUUCAAAUUAAAUCUGCCAUCGGUAUUGGCUAAGAGGUACCCAUGCAUUUUUUAGCGGCUCACCCCUCUCGGUCUGCUUGGCAACAGCAUUUGUUGUAUUUCUCAAACAGGAAGUGGGAGUGGAGUAAGACUAUGGUAGGGGGUGACUUGCUCUUUAAGUCAAGUGAGGAGUUGCAAGCGAGGCUCAUACAUGUCCACAGGCAGUCCCCAUUAAUCAUCAAUAAGUGAGAAUGAAAGGAAAGAGCCUUGUUCUUCUCCCCAGACAGAGCAAGAAUCAAUAAUUCAUGCCUACAAGGACUACAAAGAUACCAAAACAGAAACCACCAGCUGUGUGAUUAAAUCUGUGUAGCUGCAGCUAUUUAGUUAGAAUUCUUAGCGUUUCCAUGGAAAUACUGGAAGUCCACUUCAGCUCUGUUUCUCCACAUAUUUUAUUCUGAUUUUCAUCGUUCAUGUGUUGUAUUCAUGUACGGUUCCUGAGUUUUAAUGUUUAGAGACUCAAGGAUUUUGUUUUCUCUGAGCAGCUGUGAGUUUUAAGAAUAUACAUUUGUGGCGGUCACGUGACCCAAAAGUCAACCGUUUGUCACAAAUACACAUUUAGCCCCCAUUUUACACACGAAGGAGGAUGCAACAUAUCACAACCGGGGCACAGGAGUUAAGUGCUCGCCCCGUAAUCGGAAGGUUGCAGGUUCGAGCCCCACUCAGUCUGUCGCUGUCAUUGUGUCCUUGGGCGAGACACUUAACCCUCCUUGCCUGCUGAUGGUGGUCGGAGGGAUCGGUGUUGCCAGUGCUCAGCAGCCUCGCCUCUGUCAGCGCUCCCCAGGGCAGCUGUAGCUACAUCGUAGCUCAUCCUCACCAGUGUGUGAAUGUGUGAAUGAUUUUGUUGUAAAGCGCCUUGGGGGGUUCCAGGACUCUAUAAGUAGUCUAUAUCAAAUACAGGCCAUUUACAUAUCAUCUUCAGCCUUUAUUUACAGUAUAAAGAACUUUCCGUCCACCUGGCAACCCAAAGUGCUGUACACUCACACAAAAAUUAAAACACUGCAGAACCAAGCGAUGGCCAGCCAUAAAAUGUACAUAGCCACAACUAAAAACAAGCGAUAAAAUAAAAAAAUGUUGAUAAAAACAAAAUAAUCAAGUAAAAACACAACCGGAUCAUCAUUUACUAAAUUAACUAGAAAUAUCUAAAAAGCUAAAACUAGCUCACCUGCUGAGGGAGCGCCACCGUAUAAAACUGAGUCUUCAACUGACUCUUGAAAACUGACCGUGAGGGUGAUUUUCUGACCACGAGUCAUUCCACAGUUAGGGGCUACAGCUGAAAAAGCUCCACCUCCUCUAGUAGAGCGUCUCACGUGUGGGAUGACUAGCAGGUCUUGCUGUGAAGACCUAAGUGCUCAUGCUGGGGUGCAAUGGACGAGUAGAUUAGAGAGAUAGGCAGGGGCACGACCAUCGACAUAUAUACUGGACAAUUCGUGUCCAUAGGCUCCAAUUAUAAGUUUUUGUGCCGGAGGUGGCCACCGCCAUUUUGACACCACCGCCGUGUUACAGGUUCCGUCAAACCCAGACAAUUCCAAAAAAGGGAAAAGAGGUGGGGCUGUACGGCUGGGAUCAAAUGACGACACCCGUCCAACUGAAGCGAUGCAGCUAGAAGCUAACCCAAAGCUAAAGCCUGGUUCAUGCUUCUCGUCAGUUGAUCCCAGCCUUACAGCCCCACCGUCAGCUCCACCUCUCUUCCCUUUUGUAAAAUUGUCUGGGCUUGACGGAACCUGUGACACGGUCAAAAUGGCGGUGGUGGCCACCUCCCAUUUGUCUUCAAAAACGUGUUAUUGGAGCCUAUGGAAACCCAUUGUCCAAUAUUUAUAUGUCGAUGUACUAGACGGGCAGCUUGAGGAAUACGCAAACGCGAGAAAUCAUCCGGCGUGGUGAUGUGUUCCUCCACACCUUAAGCACCAGCCUGGUUGAUGAUGAAUGGCUGCAGCUGCGACCGCUUCUCAGGGCCGCCUUCCUGGAAGGAAGGACUCAGCAGAGGGUUAGGGAGGGCUCACCUCAGUAACUCGGCAGUAACUCCCGGCGUGAUCCUGCCACCUCUCUCUGUUAAAUGCUGUUAAAUGAAAAAUGACCCGCACUUUAAAAGCGCUUUACACUACAGUAUGACCAUUCACACACAUUCACACACAUUCACACACACACUGAAGGAGAUGAGCUAGACGAGGCGCCACCGGUCCCUCCGACCACCAUCAGCAGGCAAGGUGGGUUAAGCGUGUUGCCCAAGGAUACAACAGCAGAAUUCUCUGUCCGGCGCCGGGAUUGAACCUGCAACCUUCCGAUUACUGGACAACCCGCUCUACCUGUUGAGCUACUGCUGCCCCUGUUGUUGCGUCAAUGCAUAAUCUGCAUUCACAUGUUGUUGCAAUAUUACUACCAAGCGUGGAAACACAAAUGCCACAAAAUUCCCACAACGCCAUGCCGGCAUAGCACAUUUAUAAGACACACCGUUGUAGUAAUAUUACGCUGAUUUGCUGGCGCAGUGUGUCUCGCAAAAAGGGCUAAGGAGAGCUUGGAUUUUAGGAUUAGCUCGCUCGGUGUAAUACACCCUACCCUCACCUCGGGCUUAUGGAAAAAUAACAUUAAAAAUAUCGUCUUUGUAAAUAAGUUGCUUUCAAAAAAACAAAGUUUUUAAAAAAGAAGCGUUCAAUUGUACAAUUUAAAUAGCUAAAUAUUUGUGCUUCACGCAAACUCCGACAAAUGAUACACUAGAAUCUCAGCUUUCAGAAUUUUACUUUAAAAAUUAUAUUUCACAAUAUUAAAGUUUUUUUUCCUGCUUUGCUGUCAAGAAGGGCAGAUGCUUAUCCUCCCCUCUCCUCCUCCUCCAGCCUUUCUUUAUGUUUAUGUAUUUAGAGUAAACAUAAACAUGUAUUUAGCAUAAAACAUUUAGCAGCACUCUUUGUCCUGUCUUGUCUAUCAGAGCGCAUCUCUGUAUUGUUUUGAACCAUGGAUCUGGUGAGCUGGUCUCUGA